AUGCCUGAGGAGGACAGAGACACAGAUUCACCUGACUGGCUGGCUGACGUGGGGGCGUCUCUCUGUGGAAGUUGCCUGUGCGGGACAGCUGGGAGGUAGUCAUGCUCUGGCGUCAAAACACCCAAAACUAAAUUUUCUCUCUCCUGCAACUUGAGCCGCCGCUGCCACGUCACUGCGACUUCCUGGAGAAAGCAGCAGCCCGGAGCAUCCGCAUACUGCGAGUCUGCCUCUGAAGAAAAAAAAAAAAAAAACUUUCACACUUUUUCAUUGAGAAACUUCUCCAAACUGAGGCUUCAGAUUUGGGAGCCGAUGGAGCAAACUGCAUCUGCCUGCCCCGUUAUGACCGCAGCCUCCAUGCCGCCGCGCUCUGGAAGCCGCCCGGCCGCCUGAACUACGAGGAUGUUUGCUAAGAAAUUAACCUGGACCUGCGUGGCCUGACUGAAAUGUGCAUACUUGGAAAAGAGACAUAAGCAAUGGGUUGCUCCACCCUGUCACUGGCCAGCGUGGUGUCCACUCUGGGAGGCCUGGUCUUCGGUUAUGAGUUGGGCAUCAUCUCAGGCGCCCUGCUGCAGCUCCGGGCCGAGUUCAGGCUGUCGUGUGUCCAGCAGGAGGCGCUGGUCAGUGCCUUGCUCAUUGGAGCCCUGCUGGCCUCGGCUGUGGGCGGCUGCCUGAUCGACCGCUACGGCCGCAGGAGCUCCAUCCUCCUCAGCAACGUCCUGAUCCUCACCGGCAGCCUGGUGCUGCUGGGCAGCUCGUACCCGGCGCUGGUGGUGGGCAGGAUCACGGUGGGCUUCGCCAUGUGCAUAUCCUCCAUGUCCUGCUGCAUCUUCGUGUCUGAGAUGGUCGCCGCCAACCGCAGGGGCCUGCUAGUCACUCUGUAUGAGGCUGGGAUCACCGUGGGCAUCCUGGCAGCCUACGCUAUGAACUACGUCCUGUCUGAUACCAAAGGAGGGUGGAGGUACAUGUUUGGAUUGGCUGUAGUGCCCACGUUGGUUCAGCUGGCCUCCAUAAGGUUCCUUCCGUCCAGUACCAGGGAAUCAUCAAGCCAAAGGCACUGUGGGCGACCUGAGGAAGACCUGACGAGCUCCACCGGAGGUCCAGACGAAGCAGAGAGCUCAGGCAGAGGCAGACAGGUGCAGUACGGCGUCCUGUACCUGUUCCAGCGUAAAGACAACAUGAGGACCAGGACGGCCAUUGGGCUCGGCCUGGUGAUCUUCCAGCAGCUCACGGGCCAGCCCAACGUCCUCUUCUACGCCUCCACCAUCUUCCACUCGGUGGGCUUUCAGAGCGACGCCUCGGCCGUGUUGGCGUCCGUGGGCCUGGGGCUGGUCAAAGUGAUCGCCACCGUGAUCUCCAUGGUGUUUGCCGACAGGGCGGGCAGGAGGCCUCUGCUCAUCGGCGGAUGCUCCGUCAUGGCAGUGUGCCUGAUAACCAUCGGGUUUCUCAGCGGACACUCGGUGCUCAGUGCCGAGAGGCCGUGCGGUUCAGAGGACUUCAUCGCCAACACGACUUCUCUACCUCGCACAACUCUGGACAAUCAGUCGGUUCUCGACGCAGCUCUUGAAGAAAGCCACAGACUCCUCAAUAAGAACCAAAUCGGAGACGUGGCUGAGCCUUUCAAAAAUGCCAGCAGCUCCUCUCUGGCGUCCCCUCCAGCCGUCCAGGGAUCAGCGGUGAACUGGAUCAUUCUCGUCUGUAUGAUGUUUGUCGUCAGUGCGUACUCCGUUGGAUUUGGACCAAUGACCUGGCUCGUCCUGAGCGAGAUUUUCCCCUCGGCUGUCAGAGGAAGAGCGUUCGCCUUCACCAACUGCUUCAACUGGGCUGCCAACCUGCUGGUCACCUUCUCUUUCCUGAACGUCGUCGAUGUCAUCGGCCUGUCGGGGACUUUCCUCCUAUACGGACUGACAGCUGUGGCCGCUGUGGUUUUCUUCUACUUCAUGUUGCCAGAGACCAAGGGGAAGUCUCUGGAGGAAAUAGACAAGGAGCUGUGUUUAAACAGGAUGCAGCACAGCGAGGAAUGCUGCAGCGUCAUCAGCCGGCGGUUGACCUCCCUUCAGUACCAGAGAGUUCACUGUCAGCUCAGCACCUCGGGCUGCAGCAAUUAAUGUGCUCCUUCACGUUUACUUUACAACAGUUUCCCAAAGGAUAUCUGAAUUAUUUUUUACACACUAUGGAGUGAGAAUGCUGUAACAGAACAAGGUGGACGAUCCAUAUGUGCAUCUCGAUGGGUAGAUGUGCAAUUACUGCACUUAUAAUACAA